CCCACCAUUCCGUGUCUUAGGCGGAGCGACGUGAAAGGUCGGCUCUUGGUCAGCGAUAUAGUCGAGAGGAGUUGGUGAAGUAAACGAAUUAUGUUUUUGUACUGUAAAAUCGUGGAGUAACAGCAAUCUAUGAAAAGUGAGAUAACCUGAAAGACAGAGAAAACGAGGUAAUUUCUUUAGACUAUUACAAAGAGCUCGGAUUUGGUAUACAAGUGUCAAAGAACAGUUUUGUUCUUAGGUUGGGAAGCUCUCCACCCCUUCUCUUCUGGUUUACGGAAGGUCCAUCGUAGGCAGAAGCUGUGGUCAGGUUCGACAUACGCUGAGGGGCAGGACACGUCAGAGCUCCAAACCCCGAUCUCUGCACACGGAGUAAGACGUCAGGGUUCGCCUGAAAGAGCUGGAUAAGGCGCGCGCGGGUUGAGAUGUCCUCUAAAAUGCCGAGCUCCAACAACGUAGCGCAGGCGAGGAGGACCGUGCAGCAGCUGAGGAUAGAGGCUAACAUCGAGAGGAUAAAGGUGUCCAAAGCAUCAGCGGACCUCAUGCACUACUGUGGAGAACACGCCAAGUACGACCCCCUGCUCAUGGGCAUCCCGGCCUCUGAGAACCCCUUCAAGGACAAGAAGCCCUGCACGAUAUUGUAACGGGAUGCCUGAACGCUCACGAUUUUUUGGUGUUCUUUUUUAUAGACCAACAUCCGAUUUAAAACGAUCGUCCUCUACUCGCCUUUUGACCCCCCGAGACCAACCCCUACUAAAACUAGAACCCCGAAGUUACCCCUACUGAAUUAAUGCAAGUAUUGACAAUUUCGUUUUUUCCUGUAUAUUCAGCGAGGACAAAAACAAGGCGCUGAAAAGCACAAAGAUUAACUUGCAGCGGUUUUCACUCCCAGGAACAAAGCGUGCGGAUAGUUUGUGAGCGAAUGCCGUUUUUGGGUCGGUCCAAGCGCUGAUUGUUAUCUGCGGGGGUUGAGACCUAAGUUAUCUGAGUGCAAAGAGUGGAGUCAGAAUGGGAGUGUCCAGAGCUGUGUAAUCUCUGUAAGCAAGAAGUGCGGUUUUUUUUUUUUUACCCCACACGCACUCUCUUUAGUCUGUUAGGACCCGAUUCUAACCGGAUCGAACAGGUCCUAGAAAAUAAUCUGUUUGAGCAUGAAUGGUACUGAUAACUGUUAUCAACCCAGCAGUAGUUUCACUAUCUUCGACGCAACUUGUCUGCAUUGUUAUUCCCCCCCGACUGGAAGGAAGUUGCAAUGGCUUUCUGUCACAGGAGGAAAGGGGCGGGGCCAGUGAAAGGCCACUAACAACAACUCAGAAAGCUGCCUUUUGUGUGGCAGGUGUUUUCUGUUAUCUCACUGCAUUUACGCAACUCCGGAAGCUAAGACCCUGCCUCAGCCCUCAGGG